CUUCUCUUUCUUUUUGGCGAGUCUCUAUCUCCAUGGCGUGAAUCUAAUUCGCUAAUGCUUGAGUUUCUAAAAUUGUAGAAUCCGUUUUGUGCUUAAAAUUCUGAUUUUGAGGAUUAUUUUCUGCAGUUUAUAACUCUGAAUCCACUCGUUCGAAGUUUCUAAAAGAAGACAUUCUGGACCUAGAGAGACUUCAUCACUAGUCAAAACUCAAAACAGGCAGGGAAAAACUCAUUUUCCGAGCGGAAGUAAAAUGAAAAACUCAGUUUCGGAGCAGAGUUUCUACAUCGAAAGCGAUGACGAAGACGUUGAAAAGGCGUCUGAAAAAGUGGGAGAUGAUGGCAAUGAUUCAGACUUUUCAGAUGCUUCAUCCAUGGAAAGCCACCAGCAGAACCGACCUGGUUCCUACAAUACUCAAUGGCCACAAAGUUACAGGCAAUCCAUUGAUAUGUACAGUAGCAUACCUUCUCCAAAUGUCGGGUUUCUGGGGACACCUACAUUGUCGAGAUUAGGCAGCUCUUUCCUUUCAUCAACACUAACAAGGAGACACACUCCUGAAGUACUCUCUUCGCCUUUAUUAUCCACAGAUGAGAAGCAACAACAGCAGCGCAAGAGUUCUCAUGCUCUGCUUCCUCCUCCUAUUCCCUCAAAGAAGCCUUCAGCCAAAAGGGUAUCUCAGGUCUCAAUCCCACAUGAACUACCGGGAGUGUCUCGACAAUGCUCUUAUGGACAAACCGUGCUGAAUGGGAUAAACGUUCUGUGUGGGGUUGGAAUACUGUCUACUCCCUAUGCAGCGAAGGAAGGUGGUUGGAUGGGGCUGUCCAUAUUAUUUAUCUUUGCGGCGCUGUCUUGGUACACUGGAGUUCUCUUGCGCUACUGCUUAGACAGCGAACCUGGGCUCGAGACUUACCCAGACAUUGGUCAGGCAGCUUUUGGCACCAUAGGUCGUUUGGCAGUAUCUAUAAUUCUCUACGUGGAACUCUAUGCCUGUUGUGUUGAAUAUAUAAUUUUGGAGAGUGAUAACUUGUCAUCGUUGUUCCCAAAUGCGCAUCUAAGCAUAGGUGGAUUUGUGUUGGAUUCCCACCAUCUUUUCGCAUUGAUGGCCACCCUUGCUGUUCUUCCUACUGUGUGGCUUCGGGAUCUCAGUGUUCUCAGUUACAUUUCAGCUGGAGGAGUCAUUGCAUCUAUAUUGGUUGCUGUCUGCUUGUUCUGGGUGGGAUUGGUGGAUCAAGUCGGCUUUCACAACAAGGGGACUACGCUAAAUCUCUCAACCUUUCCAGUUGCAAUUGGCCUUUAUGGUUAUUGCUACUCAGGACAUGCUGUAUUCCCAAAUAUUUAUACUUCAAUGGCGAAACCAAGCCAAUUCCCAUCUGUUCUCCUAACAACUUUUGGUCUUUGUACAUUGUUGUAUGCUGGAGUUGCUUUGAUGGGAUACAAAAUGUUUGGGGAGUCAAUACAGUCACAAUUCACUCUCAACUUGCCCCAUGAUUUAGUUGCAACAAAGAUUGCUGUUUGGACUACGGUGGUUAAUCCAUUCACUAAAUAUGCAUUAACCAUGACCCCGGUGGCAAUGAGUUUGGAGGAACUGAUACCAUCCAGCCAUCGCAAAUCUCACAUGUAUGCAAUCCUCAUCAGGACAGCUUUGGUGAUCUCUACAUUGCUUGUGGGUCUCUCAAUCCCUUUCUUUGGUCUCGUGAUGGCACUGAUUGGAUCUUUGCUUACUAUGCUUGUGACUUUGAUACUUCCUUGCGCUUGCUUUUUGAGCAUCCUGAGGGGUAAAGUAACCUGGUUGCAGGUAUUAUUGUGCAUUUUGAUUAUUAUAGUAGGCGUUGUAUCAUCUGCCUUUGGGACCUGCUCAGCCAUCUCUAAAAUAAUAGAGAAUUUAAGCUAAAGCAACAGAGAGAUCGUCCUACAAGAAAAAAUCAUUUGGAUUAUCUAUACAAACAUAUAAUAAUGUUUAAUUUUCCAUUUUGCUGAGUAUUUUGAAUGGUGAACAACAAAUUUUAUUGAGAAAUUUGAAAAUAGGCUAUUGAAAAAGUUGUU